GUGAGCCAGGGAGCCAGGAGGAAGCUGAUAGAGAAGGCAAAACCCUAAAUCUCUUCAUCUACUUCACUCAGUUUGGGUUAGAAGGCCUACAUUCAACAUCAUGGCUACCAGGUCAUUGUCAAACGCGCUGUUGAAGGGCGUUGGAGGAAUCCAAGCUGCUCGUUCCAGUAGAAUUGUAUCUGGAUCCUUCUAUCAGAAUGGCAACAAGUACUUUAGUACUGUUCCCCAUGAUGCUGAUACACAUGAGGAUUUUAGACCAACCAAUAAGCUUCAGGGUUCUGCUGUUUCUUUGAAGGAUGUUGUUGAACAGGAUGUCAAAGAAAAUCCUGUGAUGAUCUACAUGAAAGGAGUGCCUGAAUUUCCUCAAUGUGGAUUCAGCUCACUGGCAGUAAGAGUGUUGAAACAUUACAAUGUUCCUUUAAGUGCAAGAAAUAUUUUGGAAGACCCUGAGCUGAAAAGUGCUGUAAAAGUGUAUAGCAACUGGCCAACAUUUCCUCAGAUAUUCAUUAAGGGAGAGUUCAUUGGAGGUUCAGAUAUCAUAAUGAAUAUGCACCAGAGUGGUGAACUGAAAGAAAAGCUCAAGGACAUUGGUUCCAGCCAGAAGUCUGAAUAAUUUGCUCUGGGUCUUCAUGAUAUCCUUUGUUGUUUCUUUAAUGUAGCGGGAUGCAAGGCUGUUG